AUGAAUGCUGAAAAGCACCCCGCGCAAGAUGUUGCAGAGGCUUAUGUGUCGUCAUUGUUCGUGCCCGCAGCACCGAUACGGCUCGACUGCAUUCUACCAUCGUCAUUUGGCGUCAUUCAACACCAAAGCCAAGUUAUCAUCACAACACUCGAAGGCCUAGCUUCUAAAUCUAUUGGCAUAGUAGAGGCUAUGCCUAGCUAUAAAAACAACAGCACCGUCGAGACUGUUAUUAAACCUGGCCCCAUGACUUGGAUGUACGAUGACAUUGCCGCCAUAUUACUCGAAUUCGUCAUUAUUAUCGACGGUGAAGAAGUGCUUGGUGGGGCGGGCGCCUUUGGAAUGCUCAAGACAGACAGUGGUUGGAUGAUAUCCGGCAUUGAGAGUGCUCUACAGCCAUCAACACAAGAAUUACAUUCAACAUCCCAAACUCCAGAGGGAGCGUUGCACCGGGUUGAAUCCUUUAUUGAACAUUUGAAACAACACGAUUGGAGUGGAAUGAUAGCAGAUUGCCUCCCAGGUGGAGGAAUCACUCUUUCUCGUGUAAGCGGCUACAAGACCUUACCGUUCCCCGACUUAAUCGAGCAGUUAAAGAGGAUUCUCAGUCAAAGGGGGGACUUGGUCGAGGAGUUACAUGACGUGGAAAUCAAAGUUUUGGGUAACUUGGCUCUGGCUUGGACUCCAUUUACUGUAUCCUUGGAGGCAGAGAUCAACAUGGAUACCAACGAUAAUUCCCCUGUUCCAGCAGGGCGCUCCCCGCAGCUGAAUCCCCCAGUGAUCCAAAUCUCUGGUGAUGUCAUCCAUGAGCUUGCUGAAUCUGUCCAGCGAGACGUGGACAUGAUGGAUAUUGACUGA